AAAGAAAUCAGUAAAAUUGCAAUUCAUACAAAUACAGGAUGCGAAAUUACGAAUCUACGAUACGUAUCGGAAUCGGAACCAUAUCAGCUUGAGUUCAACCAUCCUGCUUAAUUAGAAAACUAGAAAUGGGUAAGACAAAGAGUAUGACUAGAGACCAGAACCAUGAUGAUGCAUGCAUCUAUCCGGAAGAAGAUCAAGACUUGUGAUCCUUGGUAAGAUCUUAACUAUGAUGUGCUUUUCUUAGUUAUGAUGCGACUUGGAGUUGUUGAUUUUCUUGCAUUCAGCAGAGUUUGUAAGUCAUGGAGAUCACUCGCACUGUCUAACAUGAACAUGUUUAUAGUGUCCAGACCACCCAUGUCGGUAUCUAUCUCUACUGAUGCUAAUCAUGAGAGUAAGUGCUACUUAGAGGAUUUUGAAGGAAGAAAGUUAAAAAUCAGCCUUCCUCAUUCUGAUUAUAAGGCAUGUGUUGGAGUAAGUUAUGGUUACUUGAUUCUGCUUCGUGCGAAAACCAACGAUUUUUGGCUUAUGAAUCCUAUCACAAGGCAUGAAUUUCAUGUCCCUUUCCCUUUCCUUAAUGUCCGCUCCUGCACUUCUUUUCUGGGGGCUAUCCUUGUCUUUUCACCUUUAAUAUCUGGGUGGGUGUUUGUUGUGUUCGAUAGAUACUUUCACAAAAUAUGGUUUGUUAUUUUUGGUAAACGAGAAUGGACUUAUGUCACCACCCAUUUCAGCAUCCUUGAUUUACAUGCCUUCAGGGGAAAGAUAUAUACCCUACACCUCGAUAAUUUUUUAAGUGAAAUGAGACUUUUUCCAACACCCGAAGUUACGUUACUUGAAUUCAACAAUUUUCUUAAGCCAAACCGUCGUUACCCGAGGCUUGUAAGUUUGGGUGAAAAGCUUUAUGUUAUAAAUCGAAUUUCCGAGUUUCCAUACAUGAUUCAAGAAAUAAAUUUUAGUAAAAUGGAAUGGGUGUCAUGUGAAAAGACAGUAGAAGAAUAUGCAUUCUUUCUUAGCAGUGACUAUUGUUUUUCUGCUUUUAUACGAAUAGAGACGUGGGUUGAUCUUUACUCACAAUACGGGAAACAUUCUUUUCCCGAUAAAAAUGGAAAAGGCAAGUUAUUUCGUGCAAAAAUGUGGUACUUUUUCCAUGAUUGUUUGAAUGUUAAUUUUCUACAUCAAUGAUGACAUGUUAGCAAGGUUAUGCUAUGGUCAUUGGUUGUUUUGCAUCUUGCACUUUAUUUUAUAAACGGUUCGGUUCUCGCUCCUUA